AUUCUAUCCGAUUCAACGGAUGACGAAAUGGUCGAAGCCCAAAAAAGUAAAAGUCCGUUCUGGUCGGACGAGCCGUCAACGCCAAUACCAGAAAGUCCCUGGCUGUCAGAGUCGGAGUGCUCGUCUUUCACCGGACCGGUGGUAUCGUCUUCCGCGGUUAACGCGGAAUCAUUCACCCCCUCACCCAAGUCUCCGAUCCUGCCGCCGUUAACGCCACUACCAGAGAGUCCGAAGCUCUCGGAGUGUUCGUCCUUCACCGGACCAGCGGCAUCUCCUUCCACGAGCAACUCGGAAGUAUUAUCCCUUUCGCCCGAACUUCCGAUCGUGCCGAAGGCAUCGCCCAACGCCGAACCGCUCCUGCAAGAGCCCGAGUCCGAGCUGCCACAUCCAUCUUCAUCACCAUCAAGUCCGCAGCUCGAGCUCUCAUUUUCUCCAUCACAGUUCAGGACGUCGCCGUCGCAGCUCCUACUGCCGCCGUCGCCAGAGACUGUAUCCAAGAUCGCCGGCGCCGGUGCCAGAGACUCUACUUCCACCAGUGCCGGUACCACAGACUGUAGAUACAACAUUGCCGGUGCCAGUUCCAGAGGCUCUGCUUCCAUCACUGUUGGUGCCACAGACUCUACACACAAGAUUGCCGGUGCCAGUGCCGGAGACUGUGCUUCCAUCACUGCUGGUGCCACAGACUCUACAUACAGGAUCGCCGGUGCCGGUGCCAGAGACUGUGCUUUCAUCACUGCUGGUGCCACAGACUCUACAUACAGGAUCGCCGGUGCCGGUGCCAGAGACUGUGCUUUCAUCAGUGCCGGUGCCAGAGACUGUGCUUUCAUCAGUGCCGGUGUCAGAGACUGUGCUUCCAUCAGUGCUGGUGCCAGAGACUGUGCUUCCAUCACUGUCGGCGCCAGAGACUGUCUUCCCAAGAGUGCCAGUGUCGGCGCCAGAGGCUGUGCUCCCAUCAGUGCCAAUGUUGAUGCCACACACUGUGCAUACAACAUUGCCAGUGGCGGAGGCAGAGACUCUCUUUCCAACAGUGCCAGUGGCGGAGGCAGAGACUCUCUUUCCAACAGUGCCAGUGGCGGAGGCACAGACUCUCUUUCCAACAGUGCCAGUGGCGGAGGCACAGACUCUCUUUCCGACAGUGCAGGUGCCGACAGCACAGACUCUCUUUCCGACAGUGCCACUGGCGGAGGCACAGACUCUCUUUCCAACAGUGCCAGUGCCGACACCACAGGAUGUCUUUCCGACAGUGCCAGUGGCGCAGGCACAGACUCUCUCCAACAGUGCCAGUGCCGACAGCACAGACUCUCUUUCCGACAGUGCCAGUGGCGGAGGCAGAGACUCUCUCUCCAACAGUGCCAGUGCCGACAGCACAGACCCUCUUUCCGACAGUGCCAAUGGCGGAGGUAGAGACUCUCUUUCCAAUAGUGCCAGUGGCGCAGGCACAGACUCUCUCUCCAACAGUGCCAGUGCCGACAGCACAGACUCUCUUUCCGACAGUGCCAGUGGCGGAGGCAGAGACUCUCUUUCCAACACUGCCAGUGGCGGAGGCACAGACUUUCUCUUCAACAGUGCCACUGCCGAAAGCACAGAAUGUCUUUCCGACACUGCCAGUGGCGGAGGCAGAGACUCUCUUUCCAACAGUGCCAGUGCCGACAGCACAGACUCUCUUUCCGACAGUGCCAAUGGCGGACGUAGAGACUCUCUUUCCAACAGUGCCAGUGGCGGAGGCACAGACUUUCUCUUCAACAGUGCCACUGCCGAAAGCACCGAAUGUCUUUCCGACAGUGCCAGUGGCGCAGGCACAGACUCUCUCUCCAACAGUGCCAGUGCCGACACCACAGGAUGUCUUUCCGACAGUGCCAGUGGCGGAGGCACAGACCGUGCUUCCAACAUUACCACUACCAGCGACGUGGGUGCAUGGUCAAGAUGCGCUAGUGGCACCACAGUCUGUGCGAUUUCUACCCUCGUCAAUGUCGGCGCUGCGGCAGUGCGAUGAAGUGCACGUCCCAUUUACGUGGCAUCGGGAACAAGUACCGGUGGCGGCGGCGGCGGUACCCACCACUCAUUCUGUAUUAUCGAAUGACCAUCGGCAGACGAUGUCGACAGAUAUUUAUUCAUCAUCGCUUCACUCUGGAUUUUGUCCACCAUCGCUUCAAUCGGCAUUUAGUCCACCGAUGGCUCAUCACCUUUCUAAGGCAGUUUUUGGAGAUGACUCCUCCUCGACAUGGUCUGAGGCGAGCGAAGACUCUAAUUCGUUAUUACGUCAAUUGCUGACAGCACCGCUUAAAAAGAAUACGUAUUUUUCACCGAUGCAAAGCGCAUUUCAAGCUCUGUCAAAAUUGUCGGAAGCGGAAUCGUGCUCUACCCCGUCCUUUCCCUCGGAGGAGCAGCUGGAAAGGGAAUACGAGUCUGUUACCACUUUACAACAACUAGUGGCCAUCACCCUAAACGACGACGUUCCAGUCUCUCCUUCGAGCGUUACGGGUGAAGAUAUGACAGACGAGGACGUGGCAAUGGUAGCCGACCUGAUUGAUUCGGUCUACAAAAAAGACUCUAAAAGCGACAAAGUAGAAGAUUUCUUUGAAACUGCUCUGCAUCAGGCCAUGUGUGAAUACAAUUGCCAACACGAAGGAGACGAAGAAGAGGAGGAGGUCAAACGCCUGCUUGUGGACCUGGUGAAUAAGGUGGUGGCGAAAGUUGUGACGGAGACUGAAGAGCUCGACGAGGAGGUCAUCCUUCCCCCAAAAAGUCACAAGAUUCCAUCCUUGCAGGAGCAGCGGAGCAAGACCAUGUCUCUUUAUGACGAAAUACAAGAAUAUCUAGACAGUUUAGAUUAUGAGGUGUAAAUAAAGAAUUGUACAUAUACCGGACCUCUUUGUCUACCUGUGGUGAUUACUUUGUCAAGAGACGAAGUUCGUUAUAGAGGGUGACUAGCCUCAUGCGUGACUUGCCCUUGACCCGCAGUAGUCUAGUCAGGAGCCGAAUAGUGUUUAGCGAAAAGGUGUGCUUAUAGCGAAUAAAGAUCGGGUUGUAGUUUA